GGUUUAGGCAUGGGGAAGAAGGAGGGAUCGCAGCAACUGGAAAUCUACAAAGACUCGAAGAGGGUACGAUUCUCCCCAUGUCCCAAGGUGCGAAAGUCUGAAUAAAUCUCAUUCCUUUCGAAUUCAAACCAAGGUUUUUACACUCUUUCACUCUAGCUACAACAAGAAUUUCUGUAUCAGUGAAAGUGGCAAGAGGAUUUACAAUAUAUGGUUUGAUAUACAUGGGUUAAUUUGGAUUCUUGAACUUUUCCCCAAACUGAAUCAGAGAAACCCAUGGGCUAUCACCCGGUUUGAAAAGCAUCGUAAAAUUACCAUUUAUUAUGGAUGUAAUAGUUGGGGAGGCUAUAUCAGGAUUCUUGAAUCUAGAAGGGAAGGGAAAACUUCCAUCUUUGUUCCUACGGACAGAGGGGGUUUGGUGUGUUUUUUUGAGGCCCUUGAUGCUUCCAUUGGUUCUAAAUCAGUAGGAAACACUUCUAUUCCAGUGGCCUCCCCUAACGCAGUGCAGGAUUUAGUUGCUGACUCCUCUUCAGGACAUGGAAAGAUAUGCAGAGAUGUCUUGGGACCUCUUCCUCAGGCGGACGCCGCUGCUGAAACCCCGAAUGAUCUAUGUCCUUAUGGGGCUUUUUCCCCUCAGUUGGCAGAGGGAUUAAACAACCCAGUGAACAGUGAAGACAGGAAUACUCCUCUACAGCCGAGUGUAGAGCCAGAUAGUAUGUUAGCUUUGAAGCCACUAAGCAACGAAGAGCAAAUGCUAAUCGAUUGCCUGCUUAACCACACUACAGAAGUGGAAGCUUCAAGUUGGGAGGACUCCAUUCAACCGGAGCUGGAUCUCAUGUUAAUAGAUGACAAAGUGGAAGAAGAGGCAGGAGGAGACUUUCAAAAACAGUAUGAGUUGCUUAAGCCCAUUUUUGAACAGCAUAUUAGCGAUGACUUUGAGAACACCCUUUGGAUGAUCAAGGAAGCUUUACGCUCGCCCUUCAUCAAGGAUAAGAUCCAAAAGGGGCUUGUUUCAACACUUCAGGGGAAGGCUUUAAAAGCGACAAGGGAGGCUAUGAAGAGUGUGCAAUGCAUAAGAGCUAUUAAGCUGAAAGGUACGCGGCAUCCGGUUCUCCUAGCCUGCGCCAACAUUGACGAUCCGAUCAUUACGCCAUUGUGGGAACAUCUUAUCGACUACGAAUGAAAGGGAGGUAUACUCGGGUUUUUUGCUCUAUUGUUCUAUACUAGAAGUUCCAUGGGGACCUAGACCAUUUUCUUGGGUUGUACUUAAUCUUAUCUUAGAAGUUAGAAAUGCUGCAAGGGUUAUACUCUCCUAGGGCAGAUGUGAUUCCAGGUUCUUAUUUUCCUGCUGUUUAUGACCUUACAAUGGUUGGUGUCAAGCUGGGGAAGCAACAUAUUAGGUUCAAAUAUAUUGAAAAUAAGAGGAAUUUGAAACAUUGGAGUUGCCGCAGGUGCAUGUGCAGACUGUCAGGCAGAAUAUUGGCACAACCUCUGUCAAGUUAUGCUUGACUGGGAUUGAAGUUACGAUCCUGUAUUUGAGUGCUGAUCCAAGACGAACCAGCCAUCACAAGCUGGAUUUUUGGAAUUUAAAACGAGAUGUCUCCCCAUUGGGUCCCUCUCAAGAGGCUGCACCCAGCGAGGCAUUAGGAUGCUGUGAAACUAAGACUCCUACGAAGCUACGAUCGUAAGACGAGGACGACUACACCGAGCACAAUCUAUGCACACGAAGCUAUUUUCCAAGAUGAACAGGGAAAUCGUAUUCAUGCAUGUUGUGAAAAACAUUUGAUCCCAGACUUCAAGCCUCUAUUAAAAGAGAGACAAGUGC